AUGAGAAACCAAAGUCAGAUUUAUCUCCUCAUCAAUCCAGAUGGCGCAUAGCUUAAUGCGGUCCUUAUCAGCUUCCUGCUGAUAACCCAAAGCAUUUGUUUACAGUAAUCUAUAGCAAGUCUACACACAUAUAAUAUUUAUUUCAUAAACAAUUACCCACUAUUUGCUGGUGUACACAUAAUUAUCAAGUUAUUUUGUAAGCAGUUUUUUAUUUUCUUCACAAUGUCUAAUUAUGGAUCAUGGAGUCUCCCCCAAUUAAAAGAAGAAUUAAGAAAGAGGAAAGCAAGGAUUUCUGGACGUAAACAUGAAUUGAUAGAAAGGCUUGAGGCAUACGAUAGAAACAAAGAUUUUGGAAAUCAGGAUGAAGUUGGGGAGGAGUACACAAUGACACUUCCAGAUUCUAUCCUUUACAAAGAUUUUAAUAGUGGAACUGAAUUUGUUGACUUUAAAAUGGAAACUAUAGAAGUGUAUCUAAAACCAAUGGAUAAGGUUCUAGAUUCGGAUGCCAAAAAUUUGUACAAGGAAAAGUUUUUAAAAUAUAUUCGUCUUGCCAAAUUUGAUAAUACAUUCUUUGUUAAAUCUGAAUGCCGAGCUCAAAUGAAAAGGACAGUGUCCUACAAAAUAGAUGUUGCCAUAAAUGAAAAUGGGAGUGUAGAUGAGUGCCAAUGUGAAUGUGCAGUGGGAAUGGGACCUACUGCACACUGCAAGCAUGUAUGCUGCCUUCUUUUAGCACUGCAUAAUUUUUCAUGCAACGGUGAAAUUGUAUCUGAGGAAACAUGCACACAGAGGCUACAGACAUUCCACCAUAGUAAACCGUAUAAAGGCUCACCGAUAAAAGCAAACAGUCUACCCCUGGCAAACAAAAAGGGAAGUGAAGUUCAGUUUGAUCCACGGCCAGCAAAAUACAGAAAUUGUGCUAAUUAUAAUGAUUACUUUCGAAAUGUUUGUUUAAACCACAGAGGUGUUUCCAAAUUUCCAAUUUCCCAACUGUAUCCUCCUGCAAAUGUGUAUGCUGUAGCAUCAGAUCAUGACUAUCUUGAAGGACAUCCAGAAGAUAGAUGGUUAAAAGAUGCUAAUAUUUCACACAUAUCAGAAGAUAGAGAAAAAUAUAUUGAAUCUUCAACAACAGGUCAAUCUAAAAAUAAGAUUUGGAAACAGGAGAGAUGGACAAUUAUUCUGUACGAAUGCUAA